AUGCAAGAACUACGCCACAGGAUGCAAGACUUGGAACGCCGGCUGGCAGACAGGGAGCACGACCAACACACCCCAGAACAAAACCACUCCCGCUCUCACUCUAGGAGCCACUCCAGAUGCACGCCCAGCCCCAAGGCUGAAUCCAAGAGCGCUGGGGAAAGAGGACGCACGAGAAGACGCCAUGACCCCGUCAGAUAUGCCAGACAUGAAAGGCAGCGUACUAUAGAUCGAGGAACCGAAGACGCUCGUCGGGAAGAUGACGAAGGCAGAGCGACGAGAACACGGGGACCCGUGAUAAUGGGGGCGACCCCAUUUCAUCGUUCCAUACUCGAGGUCCGGUUGCCAAAAUAUUUUGACAAGCCAACGGACAUGAGGUACGACGGAACGCAAGACCCGCUGGAACAUUUCACGGCCUUUGAGGCCAGAAUGAACCUUGAAGGAGUGGGUGACGAGGUAAGGUGCCGCGCCUUCCCGGUCACCCUGGCGAGAACUGCAAUACGGUGGUUCAAUAACCUCCCGCAGGGCUCGGUGACCGGCUUCGCAGACAUCAGCCAUGCCUUCUUAGCCCAAUUCACGACCAGAAUUGCAAAGGCGAAGCACCCAAUCAACCUACUCGGGGUGACUCAGCGACUCGGCGAGUCGACCAGGAAAUACCUAGACAGGUUCAACGAUGAGUGCCAGGAAAUCGAUGGGCUGACAGACUCAGUCGCAAGUUUGUGCUUAACGAACGGACUCCUGAACGAGGACUUCAGAAAGCACCUUACCACGAAACCAGUGUGGAGUAUGCAGGAAAUUCAAUGUGUGGCCAAGGAGUACAUCAACGACAAAGAAGUGAGCCGAGUCGUGGCCGCCAACAAACGGCAGCCCUCUCACAACCAAGACCGACACUGCGGAAGCAGGGAAGGUCAAAGGGAACAUGCCAGAGACGGCGACCCGAGCAAGGCACCCAAACCAUUUUCUCGUGUCGGGAAGUUCACCAACUACACUCCCCUCACCGCGCCGAUCAUGGAAGUUUAUCAACAAAUUGCCGAAAAGGGGAUAUUGUCGAAGCCCCGACCACUGAAGGAAUGA